AAAAUCGAGAGACUUGUGGUCUUCCCGGAGAUGGUUUCGUUUGCGGGUUUCGCGUUCUUAUUUGGAAUUCUACUGGGGAUUCUUGCGAUCGUUACGGCGGAAGUUGUAGGGUUUUUGUAUAUUCUGAAGCGAUUGAAUCGGAAGAGAGAUCGUCAGGAAUCGAAUUCGAGUUCUGAUUCAAACUUUAAGAAUUUCGAUCCUCGCCAGUCCAUUGAUUUCAGUCUCAACAAACAGGGAGUGAUCUGGAUUUUGGAAUUAGAUGAAAAUGUGAAAGAUUGGAUGAAGGAGAAAUUACCAAAAGAGCAAAAGAAGAAGAGAGUUGAUCUCUUGGAGGUACAUCCAGUUAGGAGAUUUGCUCGUAUCAAAGACCAUAAGCUCUUCUUGUCAGAUUCAUUAGAUGGUACUCAGACUCCUAUUAACUUGAAAGGUUGCUUCGUUGACGCUGUUUCAGGCUCUGGACCCACUAGAAAAUGGGCUAAAAGAUUUCCUAUACAAGUAGAAAGCAAAACUUCGGUCUUGUACAAGGGAAACCGAGUGUUUUACAUUUUCUUAGAGACUUCUUGGGAGAAGGAGUCAUGGUGUAAAGCUCUUCGUCUUGCUGCUUGCGAGAAUCAGGAAAGGUUUAUUUGGUCCACCAAAUUGAAAGAGGAUUUCCGAAACUAUCUGGCUUCCCUUAAUGCUGCCUAUCCUUCUUUUAUGAAACCAUCAGCUGGGUUUAGUUUUGAGUCUUUGGACAAGGGGCUUAAAGCGGAUGGUCCUUCAUCAAAGAUUCGUCUAUUCUGGAAGAAGUUUUCAAAAAAGUCCUCAACAAAAGUGAAUUUGCCUCCGUCGAUUCGUGAUGACAAGAAGACUUCAACCCGUUCUUACCAAGAUUCACAAUCUGCUGGUAGCUCUGGAAAAAGUACCCCAGCAAGGAAGAUGCAAGAUAACAUCCCUGAGGAAACCGAUGUCCAAGUUUUCUCACGUACCUGGAGCCAUAGCAGUCAUGCAUCGGAUGUAGAUUCAGAAGACAAGUCUUUUGAUGAAGGAACAUUGGCAUUGAACGUACUAAUUUCUCGGCUGUUUUUUGAUGUCAAACAGAACACAGUGCUGAAGAAUUUUGUGCGCGAACGAAUCCAGCGGAUAAUGUCCAACAUGAGAGUUCCCAGCUACAUAGGUGAUUUAAUCUGCUGUGAUGUGGACAUUGGAAAUCUCCCGCCUUAUAUACACGGUACAAGAAUUCUUCCAAUGGAGAUGAAUGGUGUGUGGGCAUUCGAAAUAGAUAUUGAAUACACUGGUGGUGCGGGACUUGAAGUUGAAACUCGGGUUGAUGCGCGAGAAGAAGAUCUGGAGAAAGGCAUAGCUGAGGGAAAGUUGCAGCCAAAUUCUGCUGGGGAUGUUCCACCAGAUCUCCUUGAAGAUCUUGUAGAUUUUGAAAAGCAAUUAAAUGUCCCCGGUGGAACUGCUGAUGCACAAGAUGUGAAAAGUGGUGGAACCGAUAAAGCUGAUGAAUCUAAGGGUCCAAAAGGUACAAAAGCAGGUUCGAGCAAUGGAUCCAAGUGGAAGUCUAUUCUGAAGAACAUCGCUGAACAAGUUUCCCAGGUCCCAAUUACUUUGUCUAUAGGGGUGUCUUCGCUUCGAGGGACUCUGUGUGUACACAUGAAGCCGCCUCCAUCUGAUCAACUGUGGUUUGGCUUCACAAGCAUGCCCGAUAUUGAAUUUAACAUUGUCUCUUCUGUUGGUGACCACAAAAUCACAAACAGCCAUGUUGCUAUGUUCUUGGUCAACCGGUUCAAGACGGCGAUACGAGACGUCAUGGUGCUCCCCAAUUGUGAAAGCGUUACCAUUCCUUGGAUGACAGCUGAAAGGGAUGAUUGGGUCGAACGCAAUGUCGCUCCGUUCAUGUGGCUGAAUCAAGACUCGACCAGUGAUCACGACAGCUCCGAAGCUGCAGAAGCGAAAUCUAAAGCUGACAAACCCCCGACUUCUGAACAAAUGCAGAAAACUGCCAUCGUCCCCCAGAAGCCAAGAAACGAGGAAGAAUCUGUGUCUGCUGACACUGCACCACCAGCUAAUCCCACAGCUCUUAUAGUAGAGAGUGACAAAUCCUUGGAAGAACUCAAGACACCGCUGCUGGAAAGCAGCGAAAAGCAUGAUACGAUAUCGCGAGGAGGCAGUGCGGGAGAUAUUAAUCCGGGUAUUGUUCAAUCACUGUCUAGGUCGACUGUUUCGAGCGAAGAGGAUGAUUCAAAUUCGAAAGGAAAGAAAAUGGGGACAGCAAAGGCGAGGAUGUUCGAUUUUAGGAAGAAAGUGGGAGAGAAGUUUGAAGAGAAGAAACGUCACGUUGAGGAAAAAAGUAGACAAAUUGUUGAAAAGAUGAGAGGACCUUGACACAGGGUUUGGAACAAGGGGAAGAAGCUUUUUUUUUUCCUUUUUUUUCUGGUUUCAGACAGAGAAAAACUGAUAGACAGAAGAAGGAAGUCAAUAGAUUUAGAUUAUAGGG